UCCAGUGGCGGAAGCGUCGUUGCUCGUUAUUCCAGUUUACAAGCAGAAAAGUGCGUGUGUUGCUAUUUAGAUCGUUUUAAUACUUAGUUUUAUUGAAAAACACAAACAAGUCAUACAAAUGAACGCUUUGGCGUUGAUCGCUUUCGCGCUCUGGGCGCUUUUCAUGCGCUACUUGUCGCACAUCGUAGAAUUUUUACGCAUUAGGAAGUUCGCGUCUACCAUACCGGGACCGAGUAUUGGCGAACUGAUCGAGAAUGCGAAAAAAGGACAAAUUUUGGCGUGGUUGAAUUCGCUUUAUAAGAAACAUGGUACUGUUUUUCGCAUAUGGUUCGGUAAGGAUCUCAUGGUCUUCUUUUCCGAUCCAGAAGACGUCAGGCAAAUACUAAGUAAUAACAAAUUGUUGGAAAAGUCCAAAAAUUACGAACUCGCCGAGGUAUGGCUUGGCAAGGGACUCCUAACCAGUGCUAACGAAGCCUGGCAACGUCGACGAAAAUUACUCACACCCGCCUUUCACUUUCGCAUACUGGGCGAAUUCAAGGAACCCAUGGAGGAUAACUGUCAAAUUCUCAUCAGCAAACUGCGCGAGAAAGCAAACGGCGAGCAGUUCGAUAUAUAUCCAUAUAUAACGUUAUUCGCUUUAGAUGCUAUUUCAGAGACGGCGAUGGGCUUAAAGAAGAAUGCGCAGAUGCAGAGCGAGUCGGAAUACGUGAAGGCUGUGCAGACCAUUUGUCGCGUCUUGCACAAGCGAUCCUUCUCAUUUUGGCAUCGCUUUGAAUUGAUUUAUCGCUUCACCGAUGCGUACAAAGAGMGCAUCGAAGCGCUGAAGGUAYUGCAUGGCGAAACCAAUCGUAUGAUCAAGUUGCGUCGUCAAAUGCUGCAGGACACCAACAUACAUAACAUGGCAGACGCUGAGAAAUCCGAUGACGUCGGYGCUAAACGGCGUCUUGCCUUCCUCGAUAUGCUGCUGAUAUCGCAGUUAGAAAAUGGCGAUCUGACGGAUCUUGAAAUACGUGAGGAAGUCGACACUUUCUUGUUCGAGGGUCAUGACACCACGAGCUCGGCCAUGGCCUUUUGCAUUUAUCUGCUCUCCCAGCAUGAGCAUAUACAACACCGCACUUACGAAGAGGCCGUAGCAAUGCAGGGACGUGAAAAGGAAACCAUGCGUUACUUGGAGGCGGUGAUAAAAGAAACGCUACGCAUUUAUCCUUCAGUACCAUUCUACUCACGCAAAACGCAAGAAGACUUACAAAUCGGUAAUAUAACAGUGCCAAAGGGUGUCGCUAUCAGCAUACUGGCCUAUAUGGUACAUCGUGAUGAAAAUAAUUAUCCAGAACCCGAAAAAUUCAACCCGGAACGAUUUUUAGUCACCGACAAAGAGUUGCAUCCAUUCGCUUUCGUAGCAUUUAGUGCAGGACCAAGGAAUUGCAUUGGUCAAAAGUUCGCUAUGCUGGAGUUAAAGCUUGCGCUAUCGUCUCUUUUGCGAAGUUACGAAUUGUUGCCAGUGAAGGAUUUCGUACCUAAUCCGUUGGCAGAGUUGGUGAUGAAAAGUGGAAAUGGCAUACAGAUACGUAUGCGGCCACGAAAAUAAAAUACCGUUACCAGCUUUUAAUGCAUUUAUUGAUUACUACCAUCUUAAUUUUGUAUUAGUUGUUUAAAAAUGUGUUCUAAAUAAAUAUUUUUAUACUGUUGCAACCAGUUGCUACAGAGUAUUAUGCAAGCCG